UUUUUAACUAGGCAAGCAAUCUGAUUGAUAGCCAUUUUGAAGAGCCUUUUGUUGGUGUUUUGUGAAUGUUUUCAUGUAAAUUUUACAUUAAUUCAUGGAUAUGAAUGUAAUUAAAAUACCAAAAAAUGAUCUGGUAGAAUAAGUUAUGUUAAUCCAAUAGUUUAUGUCAUUGUGUUGUUUGUUUAGAGAAGUCUCAUUGUGAAAAAAAAAACCGGAAAGAAGUGUACCGUAUUUCUAUUUUUGUUUCUAAUUUAUCAAAAUUAACUGUAAAUACAAGAUUUCAAGUGAUCGUUAUAAAAUACAAGUGUAGUGGAGUACAAUCAAUGCUAACUAUUAUUUACGUCGCGUGUUUUGUACGUAAAAUUUUGAUCGCCACAAGAUGGCCGCCAUUGAAUGCCCGCUCCGCCAAAACUCGCUCGUAAGGCCCUAUGUGUCAUCCAUAGCGGAGCGCCUCGCGAGCAUGCUGUGAAGCCGGCGUCUCGCACUGCGGCCGAUUAUCCGGUCGCAUCUGGCGGGGUUCCAUUUCGUAAAAUGGAAUUUCGCUCGAGGCGCCAAAAUAUGAGGGGUGUUGACAUUACUCUGAUACCGUACCGUUACUCUGACGGCUGCACAAAAUAAUCAUUGACGAAGAUGAAUGAGCCGGAAGACGUCAGCAAAGAAGUGUGGAAGCGAUGGAUAUUAGACGCGAUACACAAGAUAAGGGCGCAGAAGCAGAGGCCGAGCGUGGAGCGUAUAUGUCACGCAAUCAGACAGCAUCACAACUAUCAUGAGGAUGUGGUAUCGGAACGACUGGAGCGGGCGGUGCGCGAAGGUGCGGUGUUGAAGGUGUACAAUAAGGGACAGAGUUCGUACAAGGAUCCGGGAGGGUUACAAAGCAAGACCUUGCGGAUCUCGCCGGACAUAGACGUUUCGCGGGCCGUAGCUAAGGCUGUGCGUGAGUUAGGGGAGCGUGACGGUUCUACGUUGAAAAGUAUUGAGAGACAUUUAAGACAAGCAUACCAAGUGAAUGUUGCCCCUGAGGUAGAUGUGAAGACUGUGUUGCGGGCGGCAGCCAAACGAGCAGUUGCUAGAGGGUUGCUUACACACACUGCCUUGACAUACAAGGCCACAGAGAGGCCAUUAACUUCUUCUUCAGAGAGACCUGUGAAGCAGAAACCCAAACAUAUACAGGAGCCUGAGGAGACGCAGAUCCAGGGCGGAGUGCCUGUGUGCACAGAGUGCCUCGGCACGGAUGUGCAUAACAGCACAGGCGAUGCGGAAGCUUUGAUCUGCUGCUACCUGUGCAAGUCGUAUGUGCAUCCUUCUUGCGUCGAUCUCUCUGACGUCCCUCCGACUGAAUUGAAGUGUACCCGGUGGUCGUGCGGGUCGUGUGCGGCGUGCGCAGCGUGCGGUGCGCGCGAGCGCUGGAGCGCGCGCUGCGCAAGCUGUGCGCUGCACGCACACCGCGCCUGCGUGCGCGCCGGCUGGCGCUGUGUGCACGACCACGCGCACAGAAGCAGCAUGGUGCGGACGCCGAAGGGCCGCGGGCGCGCGCGGCGCCCGGACUCCGACGACGAGCGCUCCGACGGUAAUGACUUCGGCCGCCAUCACCCGCCCGAACAGAGAAUGUCCAAAGAGAAACAAAAAUUUUUCAGAUUCUCCGCUUUCAACCUCGUCAAGCGACGCUGUCGCGAGUCCUCUAGCGAAUGGGAGGGCUGGGACUCCCGCGCCCGGUGGGGGGGCGUGCGCGUCACCAGAGUCCAACGACUCGAGUUGCGAUUGGAGAGACGACCCGACACGCCCAGUGAUGCUGACGAAUCGGAAGACUCCGAAUCGGAACCUCUGACAGUCCGUCCGGAAGCGAUAUUCCCCACCCCCGUAGUGCCUUCACACGUGUCCUCGGUCUUCGAACGCCUCGCCGCCGAUACCGGCCCCGACGGGACUUGGGGCUUCGCCGCCGAAGCGCAGAAGCAGCGGUGUAUACAACCCUCUCCAGUAAAAGAAGUGUCAGAUGUUAAAGAAACUCCUCCCGAAAGACACAGAGUUGCGCGGAGAAGAAGCAAAUGUGGAGAGAGAUUGCUGACGACUUUAUUCGAUGGCCUAUCGGAGUUUUAUUCUGUGAGGACUGCGUCUCGGUCGCAGUCUCGACACAGAGCGAGGAUAGAGCCAGAAGAAGACCGACAAGUAUUAAAAGAGACUAGGAGUACGUUUAAACGGUAUCAGGCGGCUUUGAGAAGGGACAGGAGUCCCAGUCGGGCCCGGAGCCAAUCGAGACUGAGAACCGUCCACUACGACAGCGACGAAACGCAAUACACCACCCGCGGCCGAUCGACGGUCAGAAAUUUAGAUCACAAACGCCAAUCUCGAGACAGCGACUUGGAAUACAAACCCGAAUACAAAAGGAGUCGAUCGAGAGCGAAAGAGUCGCCUCGAGGGCGGAGUAGAUCGCGCGCGAAAGAAAAACACCGCAGUCGAUCGAGCGCGAGAAAGACUGAACACUCGAGUCGUUCGCCCUUUACUGAAACGCAUCGCUCGAGAAGUCGAUCGCGGGUAGAGAGAGAUGACAGUAGACCGCGCGCGAUUUUGAAAACGGAAAGUCCGUGUCGGGAGUUAGAGCAGGAAGGAUUGAGACCGGAGAAUAGUGUAGUGUACUCGGUGUCGGCGCUGGUGCGGUGGUGCGCGCGCGGCAAGCAGUUCGAGCGCGCGGCCGCGCACAAGCUGGCGCGCGGCGUGCGCGGGCGCCCGGCCGACGCUCAGGACAACAAACGCCUGCCGGCGGGCGUGACGGCGUCCGACGCGGAGUUGUUCAACGCUGCACGGACGGCAGCCGGCGAGAAUGAUGUCGUAGCGGAGCCCGUAGCCGCUACGCCGGCCGCUACGCCGGCCGCUACGCCAGCCGCACCCGCUACGCCUUCAUCGAGUGCUACGCCGGCUGUGCUAGCGCCCGCGCCAAGAUGUCCCUCGGCGAUUGAAUUUGGACAGUGGGAGAUUGAAACUUGGUAUUCAAGUCCUUUCCCGCAGGAAUAUGCAAGGCUACCCAAGCUGUUUCUCUGCGAGUUUUGCCUGAAAUACGCUAAAAGUCGCGCUGUACUUUUACGGCAUCUCGACAAAUGUCUUUGGCGACAUCCGCCCGCCACGGAAAUAUACCGAUGCGGAGAUAUAUCUGUCUUCGAAGUGGACGGAAAUGCCAAUAAAAUUUACUGUCAAAACCUCUGCUUACUAGCGAAGUUGUUCCUGGACCAUAAAACUUUAUAUUACGAUGUUGAACCGUUCCUAUUCUACGUACUAACGAAGAAUGACAGCAAGGGAUGUCAUUUAGUUGGAUAUUUCUCCAAAGAGAAGCAUUGCCAGCAGAAGUACAACGUGUCGUGUAUAAUGACGAUGCCGCAGUACCAGAGGCAGGGCUUCGGGAGGUUUCUCAUCCAUUUUAGUUAUUUACUAUCAAAGGAAGAGGGUCAGCCUGGGACCCCAGAAAAACCUUUGUCGGACCUUGGAAGGGUCUCAUACCACGCUUAUUGGAAAUCUGUGAUUCUAGAGUUCCUUUAUGACCAUAAAGAUAAGCCAUUUACCUUUGAAGACAUUGCACAUAGCUCAGGAAUGCAUAUGAACGAUAUUGCAGUCACAUUUCAACUACUAGGAUUUGUUAGGUAUAUCCCAAAUAAUGAUACAAUGAAAUUAGGCCUCUGUGUUGACUGGAAUAAAGUCGAAAAUCACAUAAAGAAGUUAAGGAGCAAACCUCGGUUGGAAAUUGAUCCCGAGUGUCUAAGAUGGACGCCUCUUUUGGCGCCGACAGUGAAUCCUUUCAGAUCUCCAGACGAAGUCUCGGGCGAUCAAGAGACUGAAAAUGAAACUGAAGCCAAAACUGAAAGCGACGGAACCACAACCGAAACAGAAAUACCUGAUGUUAAAACUGAUGCAACAGUGAAAGAUGAAGUUAGUAAAGAAGAAAAAGAAUCGGUCGAAGUGACGUCAUCAGGUAGAAGACGUACAAGGCCUUUGAAAUAUAGUGAAACUACUUAUCAAACGACACCGACGGUUGAAGGAGGGCGAAAGAGGAAACGAGAUCUCAAUAGAAAGAUGUCAGAAUCUAACGCGGAGAACGAGGAUGACAAGAAAGGUGAAGAAACUCCAAGACAGAGAAGUAAAAGCGUGUCUAGACGAUCUUCUAAAGCCCAAAUUGAUGUUAAUGAUGACAACAAACAAGUCAACAGGCAAAGAAGCAGACGGCGAAGUGUUAAAGAACCUAAUUAUGUAUCUGACAGUCAAGACAGUCAAGAAGAUAGCAUAGACGCAAGCGUGAUAUCUACACCCGUGGCUAAUGUAACUAAAGGGAAACCCAAGAAGAAAAUGUCAUGGAGAGGCCGCCCGAAAAAACGUCAAAGGCCCAGCAAGAACCUUAGAACAAGUUCGCCAGAAGCCAAGAAGGCAAAGGUUGAUGAAAAAGAUGAAGCUAAUGCCUAUAAAACUGAUGAUUCGAUGGAAGACCAUGAUAAGACGGCCGAUACGCCCGUCGAAAGCAAAAAUUCACCAAAGAAAAUUACUGAAACAGCCGAAGAGAAACAUAAGGAUACCGAUGUUAGCUCAGAAGAUUCUUCAGGUGAAGCUGAUGAUGAAAUGGAUGUUGAGGAUAGAGAAAAGGAUACUGUUGCAAUGAAACCAGCUACUCCAAGACAUAUAGAGGAAAAUAGCACUGAUCAUCACACCAGUGACAUGGAGUUAGAUAGUAUACACAUGGAUUCGCCUAAGUCCAUAGCUGAGAAAGAGCAAGAUAUGGAAGAGGCGGCUAGAGAUAAAACUGAAAAAGACCAAACUACUGUUGAUAAUAGCACUGAGGCUCCUAAAGAACAUAAAGAAGAAAACAAUCCUAAAGAUGAUUCUGAAACACUGAGAACUCCAGAAAAUAGGAAUGGCGAAAUUAAAUCUCCAGGGAAAACUGCUCUUGAUGAUAAAGAUACUAUUGUUAUAUCUGAAUCAGAUGACAAUAACAGCCAAAGUUGUCCUCUACCUUCCCCAAAACAUAAUGCGAUAGCCCCUGUGGCACAGAAUAACGAAAAUAAACCAAAAGAAAUUGAAGAAAAUGAGAGUCCUUCUAAAGUUAUUCCAGUUGUGUCUACAGAAAAUGCACAUAUAGUUUUAGAUCCCAAAGUUCAAGAAGAAGUUAAUAUUAUAAAACCAACAGAAAACAAUUGUUUGCCAAAAAUACAGCCGAUAGAGACCAUAGUUGUGGAAGGAGAAUCGGAUACCUCUAUUACUUCAGCUGGCAUUUCUCCAAAAAAGAAUGAUCAAUCUGUUAUUAGCGAAUCUCCGAAGCAGAAAAAGUCUCCAGAAAAAAAUAAUACAGAUAUUAUUUGUGAACAGAAAAAGAAUGAAAUGAGAAAAGAAACUGUCAUACAACACCAAGCUGUUGACGAAAAUAAAAUGAGUGAUAAGAAGUCGCCUAAUAAAAUAGAAUCUAUCAUUCAGAGUUUGGAUCCUCAAAGAGAUAUUUCGUCCAAUAUAAAGAGGCCGGAUCCUCCUAAAAUUGAUUCUUACAUUGAAAUGGAAAAUAGACAUAAGAUUCAAUAUCCUAUGGCUAAUAAAGAGAGUGAUAUUCCCUUUCGCAAUGAUGUGAUGUCGCGGAAAGAUGAAAUAGUGAUAACUAGAAAUAUAAUCGAACAUAAUUUGCCGAAUUAUCAGAACCAGCCACUGGCGAAUUCUAUGACAAUACAGCAAAUAAACACAGCUCAACAUUCAUAUUUGAACCACAGAGCGAAUAUUACAAAGGAAUCUCAAGCCGUGCAAACUGACAAAGUUAUGAAAACGAAUGAACAUAGAGUUAUAAAUACUAUGACAGACACGCCAGUUAUCAGUAAAUCUACGACGAAACUAGAAGUGCCUCAUCCAAUUUCAUCCCCAGUUAUCAAUCCAGUGAUCCCUAAAGUUCCCAAUGUCACUGACAAUUAUUUACCGCGUUGUCAAAGCGCUAACCCAGCUAUCAAUAUAGGAAUGGAGAGGACAGAUUUAGAUUCUAACUUCUCAAAUAAUUUACAAAAUUCCAUGAGUAUGAACAUCGUGCAGAACUCUCAGGAGAAAAACGACCCCAAUCAAAAACCUAGAGAGAAAAGCAAAUUGAGGGAUGUAAGAGUGAAUUCGGCUCAUAGUAAGAUGGAGAAAACAGAGAAGAAGAAUAAUAAGGAUACGCCUCGAAGCACUCCGGAGCCGAAAAUGUUUUUUCCCGAACAGAACGCAAAUACGAGAAAGCCAGAGACGUCGGUCCCAAUAAACGUUAUCAACACGACUGUGGUUGCGAGCAAGGUCGAGGCCAAACCUACGAACGAGGCGCCGAAAAAACAGGAUUUUUUUAAGAAGGAGAAAUCUACUAACAAGUGUGAAUCAAAAAAUGCUUCAGUGAAACACGACAAGACUUGCGCGUCACAGUUGAAAGCGGUGGCGGACCAUCAGAACGAUCUGAACAAAAUGUUGCCUAAACUUAAAUACGACAACGAGUUAGUUCCAAAGGCCGAUUAUCCAAUGAAUCAGAUCCCCAACUACCAUACGACGCAUCCACAGUACCAAUGGGCUCCGUGGGGCGAUUUCAAGCAACUGCAGGGCGGUUGGGACCACAACAGACUAUUUGACAACAUGAAAAGCGAUAAAAACUAUUUGGAUAAAUACCAAGGGUUCAAUCUGCCGCAUUUGGAACAGAUGCAGAAGACGCCCCAGAAAUUGCAUCCCAAGUACGACCAAAAGGAUUUUCUUGCGUACGGGGCGCUCUCGAGUGGGAUUUACGCGACCGCGGGCCUGACGCAUUAUAAGGAAACCAAAGGUCCGCCGGUCAAAACGUCGGAAUGUUCGCAGAAGAGCGAAUGUAAGCCUUCCAAGCAGUCCAAAACGACCACAGCGUGUCAGACGCAGUGCGAGCCUAAGAAGACGACGGACGCGCAAAUAAAGCAGAUGAUGCAGCGCCAAGUGAACAAACAGCAGGAAGCGGUGACGAGCUGCGCCGAGUUCCGGCAGCAGCAGCCGAGUCCGCAGAUACUGACGUCUCCGGGCUGCAAGACGCCCUACAACCAAAACGGGCCUUGCGAGAAGGACAUCGAGAAGAAAUCUAGACAGAAAAAAGACGAGUCUCCGAAAGAGAGUAACAAGGAAGAGAUGUGCGAAGCGGUCAGUCCGGCGUUGCAGUCCAUGGGCGUGUACACCCCGGACUCCACCAGUAACUCCGUGCACUCGGUGCAGUAUCCCGCGUGUGAGCUGGACGUGAGCCAGCUGGGGCUGGAGUCGCCCACCAGCAUCGGCUCCGACCUGGCGUCGCCGUGCGGCAUGAUGCACAUGCACGCGGCCCCCAGUCCGCAGUAUCCGCACUCCUCGCUGCACAUACCCAACAUUAUGACCCAGCCCGCACAACCUAAGCAGCAGAAGAUCAACAACAGGAACAGGAGCACCCCCAGCAACAGCAACAACACGUCGGACAACAAGAACAUGCGCGGCGCGGCCACGCCUCCCGCGCGACACCGCGCCACGCCCCCGCAACACAACCACGGCGGCGGCGCGAUGCAGUCGGCAGGCGGCUACCAAGGCGGCUACCUGUCGUUCCAGCAGCAGCAGCAGUACUCCGGCGUGGGCUGGGCGGCGCCCAGCUGUUCGCUGGCCAAGCUGCAGCAGAUGGCCGACCAGCAGCCGCAUGCCUCCGCCCAGCACCAGUACGCGCAGCAGUCGACGCCGCCGCACUACCCGGGCAAGUACUACGCGCCGCCGCACAACCAGCUGGACUCGCCGCGCAAUCCCAGGAACGCCGCCAGCAACUUGAGCCCGAUGCAGCACAUGCAGAUGGGCGCGGCGCACGGAGGCUCCCGCAUGUCGCCCAACCUCAACACGCACAUCAUCAGCCAGUACGGGCUCAACGGCUACCGCAUGUCGGCGCAGCAGCAGUUCAACAACCUGCCCGUGCAGAUGAUGAACGUGCAGCAGUAUCCGGCCGCCGACCCGCGGGCGCAGCAGCCCAACGUCUACUACGGCUACAUCAACCCGCCGCCGCUCGCCAUGCAGACGCUGGACUCCUCCGUGCGCCGGUAGCCGCCGCCCACCGCCCGCCGCAAUCGACACGUAGCGCUAAAGGACAGCUGAAACGUGUGAACGGUGUCGACGAUAUUGGACUCAUUUUUCCCCAGUUUGAUACGGACCUUGUGGCUUAUAGUGUGUUUUUGAAUAACUUGUUCCGAGUCUCUAGGAUUGAUUUGGAAAUCCGAGUUGAGGCUGAGCAAAAACUAUGGUGUGAUCUAUAAAACGUGCGACAUCCUUAUAUCUGUAUAUUUUGUGCUAUUAAUUAGUGUUCGAAUGCUAUAGUGCGCGAGUGAUUAGUUUAGACGCUCAGGUGAAUUAUGAAAACAAAACUCGGACUCUGUUAUAUAAUACUCGCCUGCCAUUCCAUUACGUAUGAAGACCGCAAAAUAGUGAAAAGUAAACAUUUAAGUGAAAAAGACUGGACUUUGACAAAUUCAAGAUUUUGCGGCUUUAGCAUUGGAACUGACGUAACCCUGACCAAAAAACCGCCCCGGCCGGAAUGUAUAGUAAUUAAGGCAUAGUACAAAUAAUGUAAUGCUUUGUAAGUUAGUUGUAUAAUGUAUAUAUUGACCGUAACACCACUUGGGUUGCCUUACCUGUCGUGUGGCUCGUACUUCCUCUUAACUGGCAGCUGAUUGUAAGAUUUGCAUCUAAAUGCCUGUCAAAUGCCAGAAAGGUAAAAUCCAGUUGUAAAAUGAUAAAAAAAUGGUCUUCUGACUAGUUUAUUUACUAAAUCCUUUCCCAAUAUUAUUACUAUAUAUUCUGUAUGUUCAGUGAUAUGUUUUGCCUUAGAAUAGCAUCGUCUUUAUGUAUGCUGUUGUUAUUAACUACACCUAAAAUUCUGGCACUAAGAUGAACACUGACAUCACAUUCAUUACUAAUUUUGCAUUUCUGGCUUUUUGCAGAAGCUGUAUAAUUGUGUAUAUGACAUGACGCAAAUUGUAAUUAUAAUUCUUAUCCUGAGGAAAGCGCCUUGCUCUUGAAUAAAGUACAAAAUUGCAGAUAGAAUGUAUUUUAAUCUGUUUAUAAUAACGAUGACUACGUCAGUGAAAUGUAGCAUAAUUAUAUAGUGCAAUAAUGUAUGGACUCGCUAGAUUCGCACGCCACGAAGGUGUUUGCUUAGUGCAAGUUUUCGAUUUGACCUCAAUCGUCGGAACUUUUCACAGUGUGAUACAGCCAACCAAUCACGACGACUUGGUAGAUGUAUCUGUGCGGAAAGUUUUGAUUAUCGAGUUUGAACUGAAAACUCGCACUAAGCACUGAUGAUUGUGCAUGAGUUUUAAUCUAUUGAUUUUGCUAUCCUAAUUUUGAACACCCUGACUGCGAAUGAGAUAUUUUUUAAUAUUUUAUUUUAAAUUGACACACGGCGUAUAUCAAAUUGAUUUUGUUUUUCAGAUCAUUUUAAUAAUAUACACUUCUAAUAUACUUUGUCAUUCUCUUUUUUAGUUACACAUGCCUAGGCAAAGUUUCCAAUGAUCACAGAUAUUUUUGACUACCUAAAUUGGUAGUGAACUAGGAAACACCAGAUACUAGAAUCAUUAUUUAUUGUCAUAUUAAUCGAUCAGACUAAAAGUAUCUAAUUAGUGAAAGUCAUGGUUGAUUAUUCGUCGUGAUCACAAUAGUUGGUUUACUUCAAAAUUAAAUGCGUAUUUUGCAUAAUAUCAGCUAUAUCACAAACUUGAAUAGUGUGUGCUAUUGGUCUGACAUUUACAUAGUCUGCAUGAUAGCAUUUUGCAAGUAAACCCGUGGCGAGCCUCAGAAACAUUAUAAAUUAAUAUAUACUUAAUUUCCAAAGAAAAUAAUGUUAAGUCUUUGGUUAUGUUGAAAAUAAGUGCAAUGUUUUGACCCUACCAUGCCGGUGUAGAGUUUAUUCAGACUGUCAUGUAUGUGUAUAUCCUGUUUACAGCUGAAUAUUUUUGUGUGCACACGUUAUUGUAAAAUACAGCUUGUACAUCAUUGUAUCUAAUUAUAAUUUACAAUAAGGCGACAAUCCCAGUUUGUGUCUUUAAAUAUUUCUUCGAAGUGCCUAUUUCUCGUCCCAUCCUUUUUUGUGUAAGAUAAUGUAAAUGUAUUGCUUUUGAUUAACACAAGGCUGUAUAGAAAUAGUGUUGGUUGGAUUUUUCAUUAAAAUUGUGUUAAAAGAUUUGCGAUUAACUGCGAAAUAGCCACUGGUUAGCUCUAUACUAAGGAUUUGUUUCCUUUUGAAAUAGCGUUUAUACUUUCCAGUCCAGUGUUAUUUAUUGGAUAAUAUUGUUAUGUUACACUUGUCACCAUUAUUUUCGUUACGACAAUGUGCUACAAAUCAAAAUGACUAGUAAAUUGUUAUGCCAAGAUCUGUGACAGUUCAAUAUAUUUUUUUAUGUGUAGCGUUUAUAUUUACGGGUGGAAAAACUAAUGAUGCAAGUCACUUCCCGUAAUCGCAUCUCUGUUGGCACAGGAUUGUUAAAAAUCCACUAUAGAAUACUGUAUGUUUUAUGAACGUGAUGUAGGGAGGACGUCGACAGACUUAAUAAUUUUUUAUAUUUUGUAUUCUUUUACACUUGUAGAGUUUAAAGUUUAUAUUACGGUAACUUCUGUUAUAUUUCGCUUAUGGAUUAUUUCGCGAUAUCCCAGUAAUUUAUUGCCAAAUGUUAUUAACACUGAUUUGCGAUUAAGAUUUAAGUAUUUUUAGUUAUAGUUUUAGUGGGCCCGCUCUGGGCCACUCACAAUCGGUAAAUUAUUUUGUAAGAUCUGCUCCUCUAAGGUUAUGAAUGUUAUUUGUUACUAAUGUGUAGUAUAUAAAAUAUUGUAAAUACAAUAACAGUAAGACAUGUAGCAGGUGUUAUCACACAAAAUAUAAUUUUGUGAAAA